UGCAUGUACUGAUUUUGCAGGAGAGCCUUCUCCCCGACCCAGCUACCUCGCUGACAAGUAUGCAACAAGUGCCCACAUGCCUCCUCUCCCUGUUUCUCCAACAAGAAAGCAUAUGGAACCCACUCCCCCUACUACCCCCGAAGACGAUGAGGAAGAACCGGAAGAAGAAGAACCGCCACCUGUCGCUGCAAGGCCAGAGAAAACCAAAUCUAUCUACACAAAGCCUGUGGAUGAGGGAGUCAAAAAUGAUGCACUAUCGUAUGACAAGAGGGAUAUUGCGAAUAACAAUAAUGCCCUCGCGACCACGACCCCUGCACCCACCACCACGACUACCACAACCUCUUCGAUGGUGAAAACUCGCAAGAAGAAGCUCUCGGACGAUGAGAUCAUGGACAAAAUACGCAGCAUCGUAUCAGUCGGAGAUCCCAACCGCCGAUACACGAAAAUAGAAAAGAUUGGAUCAGGGGCAUCGGGAACGGUGUACACUGCGAUAGAGUCGGCCACUGGAAUGGAAGUGGCCAUCAAGCAGAUGAAUCUGCCCCAGCAACCCAAGAAGGAGCUCAUCAUCAAUGAGAUCCUGGUCAUGAGGGACAACAAGCACCCGAACGUAGUCAACUACCUAGACAGUUACCUGGUGGGAGAUGAGCUGUGGGUGAUCAUGGAGUAUCUUCCCGGUGGAUCCCUGACAGAUGUUGUCACAGAGACCUGCAUGGAAGAAGGGCAGAUUGCAGCUGUCUGCAGGGAGGUACUUCAGGCUCUGGAGUUUCUCCAUUACAAUCACGUCAUCCAUCGUGACAUCAAGAGUGACAACAUUCUUCUUGGAAUGGACGGCAGUGUUAAACUGACGGACUUCGGCUUCUGUGCGCAGAUCAGUCCCGAGCAGAGCAAGCGCACCACCAUGGUGGGCACUCCAUAUUGGAUGGCUCCAGAGGUGGUGACCCGCAAGCAGUAUGGCCCCAAGGUGGACGUCUGGUCCCUGGGCAUCAUGGCCAUCGAGAUGAUCGAGGGGGAACCGCCUUACCUCAAUGAGAACCCUCUGAGAGCCCUGUAUCUCAUUGCCACAAAUGGGAAACCAGAGAUCAAGGACAAGGACAAACUGUCCCCCGUGUUUCAAGACUUCCUCGACAAGUGCCUCGAAGUGGAUGUCGACAAUCGCUACUCUGCGGAUGAAUUGCUGAAGCAUCCUUUCUUGAAGCUGGCACAACCGCUGGCCAGUCUGAACGAGCUGAUCAUUGCAGCAAAAGAGGCGAGCAAAUGCAACUGAACUUUGUACCCUUUGUGAUAAACUGCGCUGGUGGGGGAGCAAAUUUGUCUUCUCCGAGCUUCGUCGUUUCUGCGUGCCGGAAGUGGAUUCCUUCAAGGUGCGGGUGCAGAUCUGGAACAGACACAUGUUCAUUGUGAAGAUCUCAGCAUUCCCAUUUUUCCCAUGCCUUCACUUUUCACUGCAUUUUAAUUUAGUCCAAGUUGAGUUAGGCAUGAUCGACACUGUAGUUUCCAUUUUUACUGAUUUUUAAAGAUAUAAGAAUGAUUGUUUCAAGCAUGUAUUUGAUAGUUUUAUUUAUUUCUCUAAAUUACUAAGAAAUAUAUGUACAUGCUAUGUUUUAACUAAUUAUUUUUGUUGUCAAAUAAUCAUCGAGCUUGAAAGGAAGCAUAGCAUUUUAAGAUUACGGCAAUGUUCCUUUCUGAUGUGAGAUUCUGAGCAUUUGAUUUCAAAUGCUGUUCUGGGAAAACUUAUUUUUUAUUUCAAUCAUAAGUCAUUGAGUUAUUCAUGGUUUUUGAACUGAGAUAUGCAUGUUGCAUCCAGAAUUUUAUGUAACAAGUUAUUACUUGCUCGAGGGGGUAAAAAUGUAAAUGUAAAUGGUUGCACAAAUAUUUGCCGUAGUACUUCUCAGGUUGCGUUUGAUGAACGACCAGUAGCUCACUGGUUAAACUAAUGAUGUCAAAUAAUGACGUCACCUCCAAUGCUUUAGCAUUAGCUGACAUCACUAGCUGUCACAUGAUCAAUCAACUGGUGGCUACCGGUUGAGUUCGGCAAAUGCAAGCUUAAUGUGCACUUUUUUUUGCACUCUUUACUUUCAUUGAAAUGAAUUCAUUUUUAUAAUAAAAUGUGAAACUAGUUUUUUUCCCCAUAUUGCUUUUUCUCCCCCAAAUGAAGCAUUAAUACUCUCCUUUUACAUGUGGAUCGGUAAACAUAUCCACAUGAAAAUUUUAACAUGGUAAUGCAUUCAUAGACUCAAAAUUUUUUAUCUGCCUUUGUGUCCAAAAUCAUAACAUUCUCACUUACUGAAAAUGAUAUAAUUUUAAUCAAAUGGCAACAGAGGGAAAAUUUUAAAUACAGGCCAUUUGCCCAUUGUAAAGCUCAACCAAAGAUUUCAACUAAAACAGUUGCUGUUUGAAAUGUGUCUGCCGUAUCACUCUGUUAGAACAAACAUGUGCCUAGAAAGAAUUUUUGCUUCUUGAGGGACAUCCUUGAUUUGAUGUUUGUUAAACGACAACUGCCUUUUCGGCAGUAGUGUUGAGGUGUAUCAUAAACGACAAAAUACUCUCGAAGGAAUCUUCCUCCUACGCAGCAGGAAAUCUAUUUUAAAAAGUGUGGAUGGAUGUGUGCCAUAUAAAUGACUACUUUAGGAUGUAAUUAAAAGAUAUUUUUGAUUUUUGUGUUUGCAAAGACUGUUGGACAUUUUUUAACAAUCAAACAAAGGAAACUGUAGUAGUUUUAUGUACAACUUGUAAAUAUUGUUGAAUUUGCAUACCUUCAGAGUGGCAACUGUAUUGUGAAAUUGCAACCACAGGAGCUUGAAACAUUCCAGACUAUAUGUAUUUCUGGUGCUGAUCAGUUUCUUCCUUUUGUAUUUCAUUCCCCUGAUAUCUGUCAUUUCUGUAUUAAAUGUCUGAAUCCACCUCCAUUUCCUAUAUUAUCAGACUUUUCAGCUACGAAAGUUUUUGCCAUGGUCACCUAAGUUUUUGCGAUAAGUAAGUAAUAUAACAUGGCAUCCCUAAGGAAGUGUAGUUUUUUUGAAAACAUUACUUUGAUUAUGUCAUAAGUAUGCAAAAUAGGCAUAAGUUUUAUUUAUCAUAAAAUUAUCAUAUUUUUCUUAGGCUAGUUAGCUGAACUUGUAUUUUUGCAUUGUUUGUGUUCACAAGGUCCCCCCCCCCUCAAAUAAAUAAAAUAAGAACUUGCUGCCUGUGCUGGUUUUUUUUUUUUUUUUUUUUUUUCAAAAAUGUGAUGAGAAACAUUGCAAAAAUUUUCAUUUAUGAAAGUCCCCCCCCCUCCCCAUAUUAACUGCUGCCUUGGUGAGUUAUAUUAUUAGAAUAGAAUAUUGCGGUUCUAUUCUAAAAGGGGGGAGGGGUCAUAAGUGGAAAUUAGGGUAAAUUAGGGAAUUUGGAACUUUUUUUUUUGAAAAUAUAAGUCCUUGAAAUACAGCUUAGAUAAAUUAAGUUGCUUAAGGGGGGGGGGGGGACGUCAUGACUCCUUGCCAUAUCCAUGCUUGCAUUUACAUUGCUAAAAAUAUUAGUAUGGCUAGCUAUGUAAGUGGUAUUUGAUGAGUUAAUUAAUGAUAUUGCACACCUUUCUAAAAUGGAAAGCCAAAGAAAUAUGACUGUCACGGAACUUGGAUAGGAUGGGUCUGCAAAAGAUUUCACAUCUGUUUUAGUAACAACACCUAUUUAUUGAGUAUUUUAUUUGCUUUCAUAAUUAACGGGGUUCAUGUUCAAUCUUCCAAUUUUGGACCAACCUCACCAAAUCUUUUCUUGCUUAAAAGUUUUUUUAAAAAAUUGUGUUGCCUGUUUUUUUAUUGUAACAAAUGAGAGGCGUUGGAAAAAAUGUAAAAAUAAGGAACAAGAUUUAUUUUGCUUCUUUUAAAGACUUUUUAAUGCUUCCACUCAUGAGUUGUAGCAAAAAUUGUCUGGAAAAGGUUUUAGUUACUACUAAGAAGACCAGACAUAUGAUUGAAAUUUAUAUUUGAAAGAAAGAGAAAAAUUAGGUUUUGCUAAUAUGAUUUUUAUUUAAAAUUUUUAGUACUCAGGUUUUUCUGAAAGUGAAACCCAAAUCUUUCAUUUUGGUUGGAACUUCUUUAAAUUUGUUUACAAGAUAUUUUGAGUGAGUAAUUCCUUUAUUUAAACAAAAAUGUUUUUUUAUUGGUUCAGUAUAAUGCUUAAACUUAAGAGGGCACAUAUCAAUGUGGCUUUUAAUAUCAAAACACAUAUUUAUCUUUAUCUAGUAUUUUUUUCUAGAUAGUUUACACCCUUAGUGUACCCAGCACUAAUUUUGUGAGUGAUCCUAAUAUUCCACAUGUCUUUCUUCUCCCUCCAAAGUCAUUUCAUAACAAGUUUAUGUUAAAAUUUGAUUAUUAUUGCUUGGAACUUGUAAUUUAAUAAAAAUUCAUAUUUUAAACCCCUUUUCUCGCUUUUGGUCUUUGAAAGUUAUUAUUAUUUUAGCACAUGAUCCCUGAUUAAGAAUGGAGAAGCUACGGUUUUAAAUGUUAGAGAACAGUUUUUUGUUACAUGAAAAUUCAAAUAUAGGUUGUUGCUUGGUAGACCCAUGCCCCUUUCAUGUAGAGACUGAGAAUUAAAAGCAGGAGCAGUUCCUGUGAAAGUGAGGCCCCAUUAUGGGAGGAGUUUUGCUUGCGCUUGUUAGAUGGCAGCACCACUUCACAAUUUAGGCAUAGUUCUGAAGAGGAGGGAUAUUCUCCAGGAACUCUGCAUCCAUUGUAACUGCCGGGAACCGACCAUCAGACUCUCAGAGCCAGAUUUAAUAUGCAUGUACUCCGACAUGUAGGGUGGUGGGUAUUCAGUUGCAUUGGGCUCCAAACCAGAGACCCUCUGAUUCCGAGUCAGGUGACCUAUACACUAAGCUACCCACAGCCUAUUAAAAAAAUAGAUAUUUUGUGGUUUGCAAUGAUUCCCUUUAUUAAAGUGUACUUGCAACGUUGGUUCACCUGCAUGUUAUAUUAAUAUGCAAUUUUCGUGCAUCCUAAUGCAUCUGCUCCACGUAACGGCACUUGCUGAUGACAAGGUUUUCUUUGAAAUUAUGAAAUUCUAAGGUAAAAUUGUCUACUUUAAAAUGUGUAACAUUUCAUAAGCAUUUUAGAAUUAUCAAUCUUCUUCCAUUAAAAUAUUGUAUAUAUUCUUCGAUUAUAAUCUUUUGUUUGUAUUUAUCUCUCAGAUUAUUUAGUGUUUAAAUUGUAUAGAAUGAUUUAAAUGUCGAGCGUAUACAUGAUUACGUUAAAUAACGUAUUCAGAGUAAUAAAUAUAAUUAUUUGAGCAAUAAAGAUCAAUGCCUAAGUGAAUGUAUUGGACUUAUUUCUGUUUUGAAUAGCAGCAAAACUACUCUGGGCUGUUUUUAUUAUUUGAAAGCAAAUGCAUAAAUGUUGUAGGAAUACAAACAAGUGAAGAAAUUUGUUUUGGUAUUCCUCUUGUAUUUGAAUUGAUUACUUUCUGUUUCUCCUGUUGUCAAGUACAGCCAACAAAAAGAAAAAAGCUGGCAGUCACUUGUGUAUAAUAGUUUUUUUUUUAUUAGUCACUGUUCCUAAUAUGUUGAAAAGCUGAAACAAAUGUAAUGAUUUGCAUAAUAUUUUCAUUGUACUCAGUCAAAAAUGCAUAGUACAACAAAAAAUAAAUUAAUAAAAAACAACCCCUUGCCUUCUAGGUACAUGAAAACAAAGUAAGUAAUAUCAAAAUUUAAACACCAACAAAAGUUAAAGAUGAUUACAACUUAAAAAAGAUACUGGUUUCAAUUUAAACUUUUCGUUUUGAGUACUUUGAAAAAACAUAUGCUAUGCUUUUAUUUUCUGAACAAGUCUCACAAGAUGAAAUUGAGUUGUUCUCAUAGCAAAAAAAAAAAAAAAAAAAAAGUUUUAUAUUUGUUUGUACUUGCCAUGAUCUGUUGUAUUGAUUUUGUAAGUGUAAAGUUAAUUUCAUCGUAAAAGAAACUCCUUUGUAUCAAGAUCCUUAUUUGUCACUUUGUUUAGGUUAUAAACUAUCAAGCAUUAAAUAAUAAAUGUAAAUACAAAAAUAUCAUGUGAUAAUUGUAAAAUCAAUGGAGAGUAGUUUGAAAAUUUUCAAAAAAGUGGAAAUAUGUUGAAAGACGCUCACUCCUAUUUAGAAAGAGGUUAGAAGAUAAAGAAAUAAUACAUGAAGUGUACAACUUUUGACUGUUGAAAAUAUUUCUUUACUAGAAUUUUAUGACCCAGGAUAAUUAAAAAAGUUACUCAUAGCGAAUGAUCAAACUUCAUAGUUAAUUUUUUAAUGAGGUGUACAAAAAUCGACUCAUUAUUCAAAAUACCCUGAUAAUGCAUACAUGCUGAAAUCUAUCAUGUUUUAAAAGGUAUUUUUCAUUUUAUUGCAUGAAGAAAGAUCUAACUCAUCUUUAUGAAUUUUGAAAA